AUGGCUCCCUAUUCACUUGCAAACGCGAAUCUGUCGGUGGCACAUGUACAGGUGUCGAGCAAUGGGGUAUAUUCACUUGGAUAUGCCCCGCAUCUCGAACUCGAAGAAACAGGCCGGUCCGCCAGUCUCCGCAUCAAAACAUCGUAUCCUCUGUCAGCUGAGGAGAAGUGGUCAAUAUUACUAAAUUGCGACACCAGUUCUAAUAUAGAGAAGAUCUCGUGGGAUAUCUCCUCGGAACUUCAACAAUGUCGAUACUGUCGAACUGAAUACAAGGUUGAUUUUGAGCACGAUAAUAGUUGCAAAAUAAAAUUUGCAAUCACUAUUUGGAAGAAGCUUGGGCAAGGGCCUGAAGCCGAAGACUGGAAAGCACAAUCCCACUUCGUCCCGUUUGCAGAUCAGCCGUCAUCUCCACAACCGAUUCAGUUCCACAGAGGAGAGGUAGCCUCCGUCUUUCAAGUGAAGAAGGCCAAAUUUGACUGGAGAUGA